GAGGUUGAGGGUGAUGGCGGAGCUGCAGCAGCUGCAGGAGUUUGAGAUCCCCACGGGACGGGAGGCUCUACGGGGCAACCACAGUGCCCUGCUGCGGGUCGCUGACUACUGCGAGGACAACUAUGUGCAGGCCACAGACAAGCGGAAGGCGCUGGAGGAGACCAUGGCCUUCACUACCCAGGCACUGGCCAGCGUGGCCUACCAGGUGGGCAACCUGGCCAGUCACACUCUGCGCAUGUUGGACCUGCAGGGGGCCGCCCUGAGACGGGUGGAAGCCCGUGUAAGCACGCUGGGCCAGAUGGUGAACAUGCAUAUGGAGAAGGUGGCCCGAAGAGAGAUUGGUACCUUAGCCACAGUCCAGCGGCUGCCCGCUGGCCAGAAGAUCAUUGCCCCAGAGAGCCUACCCACCCUCACGCCCUACAGCAGGAGACCCCUCAACUUUGGCUGCCUGGAUGACAUUGGCCAUGGGAUCAAGGACCUCAGCACGCAGCUGUCAAGGACCGGUACCCUGUCUCGAAAGAGCAUCAAGGCCCCUGCCACACCCGCCUCCGCCACAUUAGGGAGACCACCCCGGAUUCCCGAGCCAGUGCACCUCCCAGUGGUGCCCGACGGCAAACUCUCCGCCGCCUCCUCCGCCUCUUCCCUGGCCUCGGCCGGCAGCGCCGAAGGUGUCGGUGGGGCCUCCACGCCCAAGCGGCAGGCGGCACCCCCAGCCCCACCUCUCCUCAACUCCUUGGACCCACCUCCUCCACCAGCAGUCUUCGAGGAGUUCCAGCGGCCUCCCCCGCUGGAGUUGUCGCCGCCCCCACCGGAUGAAGAGCUGCCCCUGCCGCUGGACCUGCCUCCUCCUCCACCCUUGGAUGAAGAUGAACUGGGGCUGCCUCCACCGCCACCAGGCUUUGGGCCUGAUGAGCCCAGCUGGGUGCCUGCCUCAUACUUGGAGAAAGUGGUGACACUGUACCCAUACACCGGCCAGAAGGACAAUGAGCUCUCCUUCUCUGAGGGCACCAUCAUCUGUGUCACUCGCCGCUACUCUGAUGGCUGGUGCGAGGGCAUCAGCUCAGAGGGGACUGGAUUCUUCCCUGGGAACUAUGUGGAGCCCAGCUGCUGACAGCCCAGGGCUCUCUGGGCAGCCGAUCUCUGCACUGAGUGGGUUGCAUGAGUCCCAGGCCAAAACCAGCUCUGGUCACGGAGAGACUGAUUCUGCCCACCUCUUGGGCUGCGAGCUGUGUUCUGUCCCUGAUCCCAUAGUGGCAGGGAGGGUGUCUUGAGGAGAGAGAACUUUACCCAGAGGCCUGCUGCAGAUGGGGAAGAGCUGGACCCCAAGAAGCUUAUCAACAGAGGACCCCUAUUCCAUGCGGGGCUGGGUCUCCUGCUCCAAGUGCCAACUCUGAAUAAAACGGAUGACGUCCUGUGACUGUCCCACGAGAUAAGGGGCCAGGAGGUAUUGAAAAGCACCCCAGUUCUAAGACUGCUGCUAAUCACAGCUCUCAACCCCCAACCCACCAGCUGCCCCAGAAGCAGCAUCUCCCAUCCCCUCGGUACCCACAAAGUGCAGGCUACAUUGGACCCCAGACGCCCCUCUGCAGCCAUUGACCGCAACUUGCUCUUUUGCCCACUG